AAGCACCUUUGUAGCAAUUAGUGUCUAUAAAGGAUCACACAUAUCAGUUUACAGAAAGACACGAUCGGCCAACAAGUGAGGCUGUACCAGGGUGCCGACCUGGUUAACUUGUGAGGAAUCGAAACCGAAGCGUUAAUCCGAGGAUUCAGGAACACACUACUACUGUUAAGGAUGGCAGGACUAUCGUCGAGAGAGCGCACUGGCUGCAAUAGUCUGCUGAACCUGAUGUCAGAAAGUGAUUUGCGAUCGCUUUGUGAUACAGUCACAAAUAGUCAGAGGUUUUUCGCAGGAUCUGUCGAAGACUUAAAGAAAGCAAUUAUUUUAAACUCCAACGAUGCGGCGGAAUUCCUGAAAAGGAGGAAAGUGCAGCGAGAUUUAAUUUUACAGUACCUCGCCAAAGAGGGAAUUGUCAUGCCACCCAACAGUGAAAAACAACCGCUGAUAGAAAAGACCUUAUGGUUUUGGUCGUCUGAAGAGAAAUUCCAUGGACGCGGUGAUCUCCCACAAGCAGCAACAAGAGAGGAUACGGGUCGAUGCCACGCGUUGCGAAAGGAGACCCCAAGAAAUGCCCAGCCAGAGUUGUCCCGUCAAGGCCCAUUACUGGAGGGAAUGAUUCAGUCCGUAGGAACACAGGCUGAGACGCCCCUUGAUCUGUCCGGGGAACCAUUUUGCAGCUGGUUCUUUACACUCCUAAACAGCCAGAACCCCGCCGUGGCCGAUUAUUCUCCAGAAUGGGGACUACAACUUUUUUGCCUCAAUGCAAAACUAAAUAUAAUAUAUAGCAUGAUCGGCCAAAAUUCGGGGCUGUACCAGGGUGCCGAACAUGUUUACAUGUGUCUGCUGUCGCUGGUCAGCAAGGAACGGCUGCUCCUCUACCCCAGCACGGAGAACUGCAGGUACGAGGUUGUAAACAACCUGAACAGGGAGGUUCUUCUCGCUGUUGGCGGCAUCGUCCAUCAUGAACCAUCCAACUGCAGACGGGGAUACUUCGAGCAGGUGUUUGGUCUCAUCUGCUCGCAGAAGGGAGAAUGGAAAAUUAAGUUCACUGAUUUAAUUAUCGGAAUACCCGGGAUUCUUGAUGGGCCCCCAAAGGUUACCUGGGACUUUGAUGAGCUGAAACUCCGCUUUUAAUCAUAAUAAUAAUUAUGUUUGCUUUAGCUUUCUGCUAAAUCUUAAAUACAUUGCACUUUCUAAUUUUUUUUUUAACUUUGCCUUUAUUUUCUAUUCUAUUACUAAAAUGCCUUUUUAACUUUCUAUUCUACUAAUUUCUUUGCAUAUUUUUUUCUUUUACUUAUCUAUUAUUUUAUUUUAUUGUAUGACAAUGAUUAUAUUUGGGGAAGCACUUUGAGUCUGCCUUGUGUUUGAAAAAUGCUACAUAAAUAAAGUUGCCUUGCCUUGCCUUGCCUAAUUUUGAUCUUGAGAUUUAGAAUCAAAAGGUGUGGGUGCUCUGGCUCAUAGCAGAGACGCAUGGCUUAGUUUGCAGACAAGGCUGGACUGGGACAUUCGGAAGAGGGAAAUCAAGCUGUUAAUUUUUUUGCCAGAACCUUCUGUCAGGGGUUGAUUAAGGUUUAGUUAUUCACAUACGGUUCUUCAGAGAGAACAGUUUUAAAUAGCAAAGAUUUUUUAUUUGUUUGCAUUCUGUCUGUUCAGCGUCCUCCAAUUUGGGCGGGUGGUGGCAGGGUUUAUAAUGUUAGCAUAGUAAUUUAGAGUUUAGUUUAUUGGUUUGAGUGUGGAUAAGGAACUGAAUGUUAGUUUUAAAAUUACUUUCUUUUUUAUUAUGUUCAUGGUUAUUGGUUAUGGUUAAUACUGGGUUCUCUGCACAUUCCUAACACCAAAAAGAUAAUUCUGUACUUUUUAUUCUUGAAUAAAUGAAACAGCAAAGAUUAGUGUGCCAUUUUUUGUUUGGAUAUUCCAAUGUAGAAAUUAUCAGUUUAACCCUAACCCUAACCUUUUUUUUGCAAUUGUAACUCGCUUCCUCUUGUGGACGUAGAGUAUACUACAACAGUAGUCGCUAAAGAGUAUAAUGGCCAUACACAUUGUUGAUUAAAUUGAUUUUUUUUUAUUUGAUGGACAAUGCAAUACAUAUUCAAAUACAAUUGAAUUUCUUAAUUUUGGCAAUACAAUAAUCAAAUUACAUUUCGUGGUCCAGUUGACAGCAUUUGUACUCUAUAUUUACUCUCUGGCACUUGUAAAGAAAAAGUCAGGCUUCACAUUGUCAUUAAUCUAUUCUAAUGGAUAAAGUUUUAAUCAACACAAAAAUAAAUAUUCACCAACUUAGAAUAAUGAAAAAUGUAACCCUUUGAAUAAGAAGUCCUGGAUAAGUAUGGAAAUAAGACUCCAGCUCAGUUUAUUUAUUUUUUUACAAUAAGCCUAACAUUUGAUACAAAUUGGGGAUGUUGAAAGCUGGGAAGGGAAGGGCAGCUCUCUCAGUCAGUUUUUAAUGGACCACCAGGCGUAAUGAGCUCAUCCAUUCAUAUACAAUAGAUCACAAUGAAGAACAUGCCUUGGGAAAAUCAGGGCGAGUUACCGAAACGUCACUUGGAGUCUGAUUCUUCACCCGACACCAAUCUGCCAAUGUUCUAGUGUACUGAUUUAUGAGUUGAAAACUAGAUUAUGUUUCUCCUAUAAAGGUUAAACUUAAUUGUUAAAUUAACCAAAAAAUAUAUAUUUAAAAGGGGACUUAUCUGUUCACUUGAAAAAAAGGAAAGAAUUAACUUGAAAGGGAAAGUAGCUCAAAUAAAUAGGUAACCUAUAGCUGAUAGCCUGUCCUCCCAGAUACAUGUGUUGUCAAUUCCAUAUUCAUCAUUGUGCAUCCAGAAAGGGAGAUUAAAUGGUUAGCAUUUGCUUUCUGUUUACCGCCUCCUUUGACUUGCAGAGUUACAGUAGCCUAGCUCCAGAUCAUGUGAGGGAAAUACAAAGAUCGAUCAAACCAUUAUAAUCAUUAGAUUGGGAGCUUUGAUGGAUGAUUCUAUUAGUAUAUGAUGAGCACAGCCAGCCAAGCUUAAAAUCUUUUUAAAAUUACAUCAAGCUAUACGAUCCAACCAGGCAUAUAAACGGUGCCAGCCAAAAUGUGCUUAGAAACAUACAUUGUCUGCUAUACAAGAUUUGGAGAACCAAUUCUCAGCACCAGAGAUACAAUUAUGCAAGUUACAGUCAGUGUUGGACUUCCAACAGAGGGCGACUAAGGACCACCCCAGUUUUGACCAAAUUUUGGUUAGCCCUGAUAGGAUUAUUCUUGUCAGAUGCUCCCUAAAAAUGCAUCCAAUCAUGAUAAAAUAUAUUUAUCUAUUAUUUAUGCAUAUACAAAACCUAGCUUUUCCUUAAAAUUAUCUUGAAUACGACAAAAAGAAACUGCUUGAUGUUGACAAUACUGGUCUCUUUUUCAAUUGGUUAAAUACAUUGGCUGUUUCACACAUCACGUUAGCCAGGCAAAAGAGCACAGCAGGGCUACAAAUGUGCUGGAAUAUUUUUUUUAGUGGCGAAAUGUAACAUGGGAAUUAUUCUUGGCAGCCAUUAACAAGCCUCUGGAAUUGUUAAUAUCUCGAACUAUCAACUUUGACUUAACUGAGGCCAAAGUUGUGGGAAGGGGAUACUACUUCAGCUAUUGAUCUCAAAAUGUCACCUCACCACACCCACCUCCCAGAAAGAAUAAUAACAAGUUGAUCGCCUUCUGUCUUUAUGACUGUGAGCGGCUCUGUAUUUUAAUAGGUGGUUUGGCUGUGGGCACGCCACUCUGUCGCAAGGAUUCAAAAAUACUGCAGCAACUUGCCUGCAAACAGUUUGACACUGCUGGGUUUUUACUCUAGAAUCAAGUUAUGAGUAUUUUCUCAUGAAGUGGCACGCCUAUGCUUUGAAAAAGUUUAUAGGUUAUAAACUCAAAAAAACAUUAUAUAUAAUAGUCUGCAUGUCUGUUUCUGAUAAUAGCUCAAUAGUUUGUCAGUUGUUAGAAGCAUACUGGACCAUAAGAUCCAGGCCAUUUUACUCAUUGACACACAGAUUUAGUAAAGCUGCAUGGUUUCCGAGAAUGACCAUUUACAUUUGUGUUUUGGUGGAAAUUUGCCACAGUUCUCGGGAGUUCUUUGCGGGUAUGUGGGACUUCGAUGGAUUUGGAAUUGCGAUAGCAUCGUCAACAAUGAUAUUAAAUAAUGUUGGUCAGCUUUUCCUUUGAUGAUCUAGUUUUACUAUAAUGAAACUCCCUCACUUUAAAACAUGUAGAUGACCUGAGAAAUGCAAGUGAAGUAGGCUUUUCACAUAAAAUAAUGAUUUUUGAAACCUUGACAAAACUAUUUUUUCUAUAAUCUUAGCACUUUAGGCCUCUGACUGGUGAAAUUAAAAGGGGUUCUCUAGGCUAUGAGUUAAAGAGACCAGCAGAGGGCAGACUAACUACACCAAACUGAAAACAAUUUCCUCCCUGAACAAACCUCACACAACAUGUGCAAGAUUAUUAGUUGCUCUCCAUUAAGAAUAUGAUUUUAAAGAAAGUAAUUGAAUUGUCUUUCAUUUAUUCCAAUGUAUUGAUUUUGGUGAAGGCAUAGGAGGCUGCAUGCUGUCUGUAAAGAGCCAAUAGGCCUACACGGAGGAGUUUUAAU